CCGGCUGCCGUGACCCCCAGCACGGGCUGUUCAGCCACGACCGGCCCACGGCCACACUUCCAUCUUCAGCCAGCGGCGCGGGUGACUAAAUGCAAGUAAAUAGUUCUGCUGCACAAAAAGGUGUAAAAAUGCCGAAUGUUCCUGGUGGCCUCCUUGGCUCCUCAGAAGCAACAGGUUGUGGAGCAGCUCGCCCGAGCCUCUAGCCCCCAGAGAGUCAGCGAGUAUGAAUUUAGCGAGUUUUGCCACAGGUUUGCAGGUUGCCAACUCCCCAUGCGUGCUUUUAGAGCCUAACCUGGUCUUUGCUGCUGGCGGAGGGGGAGGUACGGGCAGGGGGAACAGGGAGGUAUGGGCAGGGUUUGCAGAUGCUCCCUGAGGUGCUCACCUGUCCAAAAUGAGACUAAAAUUCUCUUUUAUAUAAAAAGACCAAAUAUUUUCCUAUCUUCUCUCAGCCCCUCCAGGCAGGGGCUUCUUUCCGCUGCUGUUACAGGGCGGACUGCUAGCAUCUCUUGCCUUGGGAAUACUGUCCUUAAGAAAAUUUGUUAUUUAACUUUAUAUAUGGAAUGGUCUCUACCCAUCUUUAGCUUUACAGAGUCCUUUCCUCGCUUCAAGAGUUUCUAACUCAGCAUAGGUUUCUUCGUGCAGUCUCUGCCGCUAUUCCAAGCGUCCUAAACCACUUAUUCAUUCUUCCCAAUGCUUGUCAUUGCACUCUUCUGUCCUAAAUAUAGGGUAGUAUGCCAAUGGGAGAAGCUUGAGAGCAAGCUGAAGUGCUGGGAACACCACUGUUUACUCAGAGGAGUAAUCAGCAAAGCCUGACUGAUUCCAGGUCGUGCUGACUUCUUGCUGCAGGAGUUUGCGCUCGCUUUGGGAGCUGGCACAAAUUCUUGAAUAACUAGAAGAUGUUGUUGACAGCACACGCUAGCUUAGAGAUACCCAUUUAUUUCAACAUUGUGUAAACUGAGUAGUAAAUUCUGCUUAAUUGCUGAUACUAGGCCUGGAGGAUUGGCAAAAGCUGUGGGGCUGAUAUUGGUGAAGGUAUUCUGUGCCUCGCUAUGUACCAGUAAGUUUUGUAUGGGAUUUGUUAACCCCAAGCACUUCUCUGCUUUUAGAAAUGGCUGGUAGUUGUUACUAGCUCGAGGGCUGCUUAUCCACUUCUUUCUCCUCUUGUCUCUCGCUGCCCAGUGGGCUGGGCUGGGCUACCCAGAGGAGGACACGUGACAGUGAGACCUCUCGCUGGCUUCAGCGGUAAAGUGCAUGGUUAGAGUUGGUUCAAAGCUCUGACCGUAUUUUCAAUGGCUGGCUGGUCUGGAGGAAUUCUCGUGUGUCUCUUGUUGGCAGAGCUGUAUGCCGGCAACGAGGGGGUAAGGUGGGAGGGAGUGCUGCUGUGUCCUGGCUUGCAUGAGCGUACCAGCUGACGAGCCCAAGAGGUGCUUUGCACUAAAAAACAGUGGUCCUGCUUGGGUCUGAUGGAGAAGAGAACGGUGCGUUUGCAGCAGCUGGGUCCUGUGGAAAUUUUCAUGCUUUAAGUGUCUGCAGCACAGGUGUGAGACAUGGCGUGUUGUCAGCCUAGCAGAGAAGGUGUGAUGGUUCUGCCCUGGCAGGAGUUGUUGUCACCUUGCCUUUUCCAUGUUCCUGGGAGAGAUAACGAAAGAGAUUGUCCUGGAGAAUUACCAGGGUGCUGUGCCAGCCUGGGGAGGAACUCCAGCUGACAGUGGUAAAACAGUCUGUCUUGAUUCAGCCAUGACAGCUAUCUUAAAAAUUUUGUUGUGGGGAUAAUUUUUGGAUGGUUUGUGCCUUUCCUCCUGCUAGCUGAGGAAUAGUACAGAAGAUUUAAUUCUUGUAAUAAUUAACUUGAAUGAGGAAAAUGCAAACUCUGAAUUCUCCUUGGGCGAGCAGGGGUCAUGUAAAUAAAUGUCUCUGAUGUUCUUUGUGGCGCUUGUAGACUGUCUACCGAUUGCUUCUGGUCUCUUGCAGAAUCAGUGGGAGGCUGUCACUCCUUGAGCUCCAAGUACUUCAGCGGUGAUUUGGGCGAAAUACAAAUAAACACAGUUGGAUUGACAUAGUGUAUCUGAGCUCUUGGUAUGCUGAAAAUGUUCUUAGGAUGUUUGUGCAGUCUGGAGAGCUCUGUACCUUAAACCUGAUUCGCAGAGGACUGUGACCAUGUUUAAGCUGUGAAAAAGAAAAGAUCAACCCAAAGAACCUGUGCUUUUAGGGCUUGUUCUGUGAGAUUGAGUAAGUUUGAGCAAACUGCUGAGAUGCUGCUGGACAGAAAGUUAAUAUGUUAACCUGUGUGAAUAUGUUAGGUAGGUGUGCUCCCUAGUCUAGUGCCUUGUUCUGUCUGUGUAUCUCCCUGUGCUUAUCUGUUGGCUUAAACUGUCUCUGGUUCAGCUUUUUUGGGAUAAAAUUUUAGCUUGCCAGCUGGAUUUGAUGUUACCACACUCUUUGUCAUUGCAUUUUUCAUGAGCAUCUGAGUGGAUCUGCUGGUACAACACUGUCCAAGAGAGAUGGUCUGAGUCCCCUGGCCAGGGGACCUGACCUUCAUCUCGUGGGUGCCUGCUGGGCCUGUAAGCUGAUCGCCUGGCUCUUGAAUGUGAUGUCUGAGCUGUUAUGGAAGCCUGAGGAGGAGGAGUCAGGGCAAGGAAGAAGCUGUUUCCUGCAGACCUCUGCACUGCAUCUGGGUGCUGUGCACUUUGCUCCGGCGUGGCUCAGCUCGGCGGCCUCCAGCCCUUUUCUCGUCCCUGAGCUGCAGGCUCUUAAAGCUUCCCCUGGAGGUGCAUAACUUUGUGUAUCAACCUUAGUCCUGCUGGCUUCAGGUUCCCAGGACUCCUAGGAUGAGGCUACUGUGAAGGACUGGCACAUCCCCUGCCUACACUGCGGUGCCUGCAGAUUCCCUGUGGUCCCCUUUCCUGCCGGAGCACUAUCGCUGAGGCCACUGGGCAGAAUGACUGUUGGAUGCCUUCUGCAGGCCCCUUUCCUGGGGAGGACUUGGCUCCCCAUGCUGCUCCUGGCGGCCUCUGCUCACUGCCACUGGCCCAGCGAGCCAGCAGAAGUGGUUCAGGACUGGGAAAACCAGCUGGAGGCCUCCAUGCACUCUGUGCUCUCGGACCUUCGGGAGACUGUGCCGGCCGUGGUGGGCAUACCAGACAGCUCUGCUGUGGUGGGACGCUUCUUCAGAGUCUCCAUCCCCACGGAUUUACUUGCUUCUAAUGGAGAAAUUGUCCAGAUCUCUGAAGCUGGGAAGGACUCCUUGCCUUCUUGGUUACACUGGAACACAGAGAGCAGCUCCCUGGAAGGACUGCCCCUUGACACUGACAAGGGCGUCCACUACAUCUCAGUGACCACGCUGCAGCCCUUUCCAAAUGGGAGCUACGUGCCACAGACUGCAAACGUCUUCUCCGUUGAGGUCCACCAAGAAGACCACAACGAGCCUCAGUCGGUGCGAGUGGCCAUCCAAGAUACAGGUGACACUGCGCCAUUCGUGUGCAGCUCAGAAGAGCCGGUCACUAUCCUGACUGUUAUUUUGGAUGCUGACUUAACAAAAAUGACACCAAAGCAGAGAAUUGAACUCUUAAACAGAAUGAGAAGCUUCUCGGAGGUGGAACUUCAUAACAUGAAGUUGGUCCCUGUUGUAAAUAACAGACUCUUUGACAUGUCAGCCUUCAUGGCUGGACCAGGAAAUGCAAAGAAGGUGGUGGAAAAUGGGGCCUUACUCUCAUGGAAACUGGGGUGUUCUCUGAGCCAAAACAGUGUCCCCAACAUCAGCAAGGUGGAAGCUCCAGCUAAGGAAGGAACCAUGUCUGCCCGCCUUGGCUACCCUGUUGUUGGCUGGCACAUUGCUAACAAGAAACCUCACCUCCCAAAGAGGAUGCGCCCGCAGAUCAACGCCCCCCCUACGCCUUUGGCUGCCAUCGGGCCACCCACCACUGCUGCGCAAGAACCGCCGACCAGGAUUGUCCCUACCCCGACGUCGCCUGCCAUCGCACCUCCCACAGAGACAAUGGCACCCCCAGUCCGGGAACCCAUACCGCUGCCAAGGAAGCCUACAGUCACCAUCAGAACAAGGGGCCCCAUCAUCCAGACACCCACUCUGGGACCGAUCCAGCCAACCAGGGUAGCAGAAGGCACUGGCACAGCCUCCGUGCCAAUUCGCCCCACGAUGCCCGGGUUCGUAGAGCCCACGGCAGUGAUCACACCGCCUACAACUACCACCAAGAAACCCAGAAUCUCCACUCUGAAGCCAGCCACGCCAUCCACGACGGAUUCGUCCACAGCGACGACGCGAAGGCCUACUCGAAGACCCAAAACACCCCGUCCAACAAAGCCUCCCAGCACAACCAGGUCCCCCAUCUCCAAGUUGACAACGGCCUCCCCACCGACCCGUGUACGUACCACAGCUAGCGGGAUCCCCCGGCCCUGGGAGCCAAAUGAGCCACCCAAGCUGACAAACCAUAUCGACAGGGUUGACGCAUGGGAGGGCACCUACUUUGAGGUUAAAAUACCAUCAGAUACCUUCUACGACAAGGAAGACACCACUACGGACAAACUGCAGCUGACCUUGAAGCUGAAGGAGCAGCAGAUGAUAGAGGAGAAUUCGUGGGUGCAGUUCAACAGCACCAGCCAGCUCAUGUACGGCAUGCCAGACCACAACCACAUCGGGAAGCAUGAGUACUUCAUGUAUGCGACCGACAAAGGUGGGCUUUUUGCUGUAGAUGCUUUCGAAAUCCAUGUCCACAAACGCCCACACGGGGACAAGUCUCCAGUGAAGUUCAAGGCCAGGCUGGAAGGGGACCACAAUGCAGUGGUGAAUGACAUCAAUAAGAAGAUCAUGCUGGUGAAGAAGCUGGCUCUGGCAUUUGGCGACAGGAACAGCAGCACCAUCACGGUGCAGGACAUCGCCAAAGGCUCCAUAGUAGUGGAGUGGACGAACAACACGCUGCCCCUGGAGCCCUGCCCCCGUGAGCAGAUCCGGACUUUGAGCAAAAAAAUUGCAGAUGACUCUGGCGGGCCAAGCCCGGCUUUCUCCAACGUCUUGCAGCCCGAGUUCAGGCCUCUGAAUGUGUCGGUGGUCGGCUCCGGUAGCUGCAGGCACAUCCAGUUCAUCCCUGUGACGAAAGACGGAAGGGUGAUCUCAGAGGCGACGCCAACGGUGGCAGCGGGCAAAGACCCCGAGAAGAGCAGCGAGGAUGAUGUGUACCUGCACACCGUCAUCCCUGCUGUGGUGGUGGCCGCCAUCCUCCUCGUGGCCGGCAUCAUUGCCAUGAUCUGCUACCGCAAGAAGAGGAAAGGGAAGCUGACCAUCGAAGACCAGGCCACCUUCAUUAAGAAAGGUGUGCCCAUCAUCUUUGCCGAUGAGCUGGAUGACUCCAAGCCUCCGCCGUCCUCCAGCAUGCCCCUCAUCCUCCAGGAGGAGAAAGCCCCACUGCCCCCCCCUGAGUACCCCAACCAGAGCAUGCCGGAGACCACACCGCUCAACCAGGACACCAUUGGGGAGUACACACCGCUGCGGGACGAGGACCCCAACGCGCCGCCCUACCAGCCUCCCCCCCCCUUCACUGCACCUAUGGAGGGGAAAGGCUCCCGCCCGAAGAACAUGACCCCAUACAGGUCCCCGCCGCCCUACGUCCCCCCUUAAUGAAUGGGAGGCUCUCGGGGGAGAAGGGGCCUCCAGCUCCACACCAGUGCUGUCUGUGGGCCGGCAGCCCCCUCACCAGCUGGGAACCUGAAACCCCAGCCUGCUCCCCAGCAGGCCCUCCCUGGCUGUGCCCGCCACACCGGAGCGCUCGCGGGACUCAGGGGGACACUCGUUUUAUUUUUGCCUAACAAGCUUUGGUUUUAUUUUAUUCAUAGAAAAAAUUCUUGGCUCAAACACACCUUCCUGGCGGCUGGGCUUCUGGCCGGGGCAGCGGGCAGGGAGGGGGGACAGGGACGGGACAGGGUCGGGGACGGGAGGAGCAGGCAGCACUGGGGUAGCACUCUGGGUCUCUGCUGUUUGCCUUUAACACUAACUGUACUGUUUUUUCUAUUCACGUGUGUCUAGCUACAGGACGUAACAUGAAAGGUAGCCUAAAAAUAAUUAAAUUCAAGGGACUUUCUGAAGUCGAUGUUUUUAAGUUUUUACAUUUAAUCUGCUCUUUGCCUAAACUGGGAGGUGUAGUUUUGGGGAGGGGGAGGGCAGUGCUGUGCUGCAGGCAAGCUCCAAGGGCGAUUCAGGGCUGGAUAGGGGGGGCCUUUGAGGACAGCCAGCCUCCUCCUCCUCGGGGAGAUUGGCUUCUUUGUUCGGGGUUUCCUUUUUUUUUUUUUUUUUUUUUUUAAUCAAAGAAAUCCUAUUUUUCUCACACAUCAUAAAAUAGUAAUCAGCUGGCUUGGGGUACUUUUGGCCAAGCACAGGGGCAGCUGCCUGCACCUCGGGGUGCAGCACUGUGCCAGGGGAAUCUCGUGGGAGGGCAAGCGGGGCCCCACGCCAUGACAGCUUCUCCGCUGCGAGGCGAGUGCUGGGGUUGGGGUGAUCUUUUUUAAGCAAAAAAAAAAACCCCUAACCCUCCCCAGGAGGUGUUUUGGCGAUAGGGGGGGUGUUUUCUCCACAGUGCAGUGCCAGCUUUUUGCUUCGACCGCUCCUUGAGAGCGGUGCCGGAAGGGCCUCGCUGCCCAGACGCUGUUGGAAAAGAUAAAAGGUUUAAAAAAAAAUAAUA